ACUACACACACAGCACUUGAAGCAAUUCGGAUCUCUCUCGACGCACUGGUGACCCGCGCCUCACGGCCUUGAUCCUUCGGUCGUACCGAACCAUCGUCACCAGAUCAGGUCGCCAACUACAUCUACAAGAGCUAGACGUUUAACUUAACCACAGUCGUGCGCGCUUCUAUAGCUUACAGACAUAAUUCCAUCAUGGACGGCACUAUGUUCGGAACAAAAUCGAAUUAUUGGGAUUUAAAUAAGAGCAAAUUUGCAGUUAUCGACCAGCUACCACUGAUGGGAUCAGUGAGCCCUGUUCUCACGGUCUUGGCGAUUUACUUAAUUUUCGUUAUUAAAAUAGGCCCGGCAUACAUGAGAAAGCGAGAAGCGUACAAAUUAACAUUCGUACUAUUAGCAUACAAUGCCGUACAAGUUGCUAUAUCCGGGUAUUUGGUUGCGAGGUUCUUUCUAGAUUUACGAAGAAUGGGUUUGGUUCCGAGUAAAUGUUAUUUAAAUGAAGAAAAUUCAAGAAAUCAGAUCAUAUUCGGAACAUAUCUGUAUCUAACAGCCAAAUUCUCUGAGCUACUGGACACGGUUUUCUUCGUUUUGCGAAAGAAGUAUAGCCAGAUCACGUUCUUGCAUUUGUAUCAUCACACCGUGAUGGUUAUCGCGACAUGGGCAAUGCUGAAGUACUGGCCAUCACACACGCUCAUCUACAUCGGCUUCAUAAAUUCUUUAGUACAUGUCUUCAUGUAUUCAUACUAUGGCCUGGCAGCGCUCGGUCCGGGCGUAGCAAAAUAUUUGACGUGGAAGAAAUAUAUGACUAAAUUUCAAAUAAUACAAUUCAUCUCAAUAAUCCUUCAAUACGUGGCGGCUAUCAGGAUAUCGGAGUGUCCGCCAUCAAAAGGCGUUGCUCUCUUUGUCUUUUGCAACACGGCUUUCAUCCUGCUGCUUUUCCUCAAUUUCUACUUGAAAAGUUACAGUGCAAAUAAGACAAAGAAGGCUGCAGAAGAAGUCGUUAAUAGUGCUUGCUUCGUCAAAAAAUACGAUUAAAAUACAAAGUUAUUAGAAUUGGCAAUACAAGUUUUUUUUAAAUGUUUCACGGACAAAAUCUGUAGAUUAUAGAUUAAAAAGGGUUAUAAUAAAUAUAAAAAAGUGUAGUGUAAUAUUUUUGUUUAGUUUACGAGACAAAACUGUACAAUUUUUCGAUUGCUUUCAUACUGAGUUAUCGGAGCUUUAUAAUCUCUUCCUAACAAGGUUUUCAAUAAGUAAUAAUAAUAAUGAACCAAAGACCAGGUUAGGUCAGGUCAGAUCAGGCCAGACUAGGUCAUCUGGCCCAAAACUAGGAUACCCUAUGAUAUUAGAUAUAUAAUAUUAGUUAGUAUAAUAUAGUAUAGUAAAUACCUAGUCUUGCCAUAAAUACUGAGACAAAGAAAAUAAAAAAAAAUCUAUUGCAAAUAACUUGCAAUAACUUUUACAGUGUGUUAGUUUAAUACAUAAAUAUAAAACAAUUUAAAGUAUAAAAAGCUUCUUCGAAGUGGUCUCCAUUGGGUGCAAUACAGUCCUUUAAACGUUGAGGCCAGUUAUUAAUAGAAGCACGCAGUCUUUCCAUGGGAAAAUUUUUCACUGCCAAUCGUACGGAUUGUUUUAGGGACUCCGAAUUAUUAUGGCGUUUAGAGCAAGCCGUACUCUCUAAAAUUGACCAUAAAUCAUAAUCGAGCGGAUUAAGAUCGGGACUAGACGACGGCCAGUCUUCAGCUCUGAUGCAGUCCGAAACGUUCGUUUCCAACCAAGACUGCGUAGACCGAGCUUUAUGACCUGGCGCCGAGUCUUGCUGGAAGGACCAUUCUUGAUUAUUGAGCAUGGUGCUGUUGAGGGGCUUCACUACCUUUUCAAUAAUGGUAUCUUGAUACACUUGUGCCGAUGUUUUGAUACCUUUUUCACAAAAGUAUGGCUCAGUCACUCCUUCAUAGCUAAUACCCCACUAAACCAUCACUGAAGUCGGAUAGCGCCCACGUUGCACUCUGUCGACUAAUUGGGAAGCUUCCUUAGAGCUUUGAGCAUAAAUACGGUCAUUUUGUUUGUUAAAAUGUUGCUCAAUUGUAAAAAAAUUCUCAUCCGUAAACAAAAUUUUUCAUGACCUCCCUUUGCGUAACGCUUCAGUAGCUGUUUCGAUUUUACCACCCUAUUCUCUUUUAAAUUAUCAGUUAAGAAAUGACCAGUACGUCUCUUAUAGGCUGCAAGUCCUAAGUCAUCUUUUAAAAUACGCGACAUGGUUCUAAGUGCUAUCUUCAUCUCCCGAGAUAAAAUCUUUUGCUUUCGGACAGGAUUUCUUCGAAUUCUCUCCCUUACUGCUUUGACCACCUUUUUCGUAAGAACACUACGUGGACGGCCAGAUCUUUUUCUGUCCCAAACAAAGGAGGUCUCAUUGCACCUAUUAAUAGCCCGGUACACAAACAUUUUACUAAUACCAAGCGUAUGGAGAGUUUUAAAAAUUGCAUUUGGCUCCAUACCUACUUUGUGUAAUGCAAUCACAGCGAUUCGGUUCUCUUUAUCACCCCACUCCAUUUUAAUAUCACAAAAUAUUGUACAAUGUAUUGGCGCCAAAAAGUGAAAACUCAAUGAGCAAUCAUAUAAAAAUUACAGAUUUCAAAUUCAAAUGUAAUAUUUUGUUUAGUUUUAAUUGUAACAGUAUUUAUGUCCAGACUAAGUAUAUACAUAUUAAAGGCCAAGACAAAGAGUAAACAAACGUGUUCAUCACAUUGAUGAUUGCCCAAUGUGGAAACGAACCCACGACCCUUGGCCCAGCAGUCGGGAGCACCAGCUUACUACACCACCGAUAUAGUCAAGUGUUAUUCAGGACUAUCCUGUUUAACUUUAUUAUAAAUAAUAUUAGUAGAAGUACAUAGUAAUAGACCGUAUUCUUUUAAGUUGUGCUUAUAAAGCUUCAAUAAUUUAUUAUGAAUAAAAUUAAUUGGCUUUUAUACGGGGUAAAUUAAGAUUAAUAAAAUAUACGAUGACAAAAUAAAAAAAUAUGUAA